AUGGCGGCUACAUACAGUCAACGCAAAACGUCCAAGUUUGCCGGUGUCGGUGUGGUGAAUGAAGACCACUUGGUUGUCCACGCCAGGGAAAUAGAGACACUCAAAGCAGAAGCCAGUCGACUGCACGAGAUAGACACGGCAGUUCUAUCGGAGGUUCGCACGCAGCUCGAGACGUUUAACAUUACCGCUGAGUUCGAACAGCUGGAACGAGAAGUGGCUCAGUUCAAGGCGCAAGUUUUAGUGCUGGGCCAAGACAACGCAGACCUGUUGUUGGAGCUCACGGCCAAUCAUGCCAUCCAUGCUUGCGCUCGCACCACACAAAUGAAGCAAUGA